AUUGACAAUUCUUUAAAAAGAAAAAUAAAGAAAACUUUUUCUGGUGAAGUAACAAAAAUCCAAAAAUUUAAAAGUUUUAAAUAAAAAAACUUAAAUAUUUUCGAAUACAAAUCACAUCAAUGAAUCGGCACAUUCAACUUGGUAUAAAAGAGCUUGGAGCUUAUUACCGAAACGGAACUCUAAAUCCCCAAGUUGUUACCGAUUUUGCUCUUGACGAUGCUGUUAAAUUAAAAUCACUAAAUGCAUUUAUUCGUCUUAUGCCAGAAAAAGCCCUACAUCAAGCUAAAGAAUCAACAUUUCGUUUCCAGGAGAAGAAACCAUUAACUCCACUCGAUGGAGUAACAAUUGCCAUUAAAGAUAACUUCUGUACUAAAGAUGUCCAAACUACUUGUGCUUCAAGAAUGCUUGAAGACUUUAAGCCACCAUACAAUGCGACUGUUUGUGAACGUCUCAUGGAAGCCGGUGCUGUUCUAAUUGGCAAGACAAAUCUUGAUCAAUUUGCCAUGGGUUCUGGUACAGUUGAUUCUAUCUAUGGACCCACAAAGAAUAUAUGGAGUGAGAAUUUAACGUCUGACGAUGGUUGGCGAAUUACUGGGGGCAGUUCCGGUGGUUCCGCAACGGCAGUUGCAUCUGGGAUUUGUUUUGCCGCGAUUGGCUCUGAUACAGGAGGCUCGACAAGAAAUCCAGCCUCGUACUGUGGCGUGGUUGGACUGAAACCAACCUACGGGCUAGUUUCUCGACAUGGAUUGAUUCCUUUGGUAAAUUCAAUGGAUGUGCCUGGUAUCUUCACUCGCUCUGUCAACGACUGUGCUCUAGUUCUCAAUGCUAUAGCUGGUCCGGAUAGUCGAGACUCCACUACAAUUAAAACUCCUUUCAAACCGAUUGAACUGGAUCUUGAGGAGGAUAUUCGCAAUAUUCGCAUUGGAAUCCCCAAAGAAUACCACUGUCCUGGGUUGUCACAAGAUGUCCAAGAAACUUGGAUUAAAAUAGCCGAUAUGCUAGAGGAUGGAGGUUCCAAAGUCAAACAAGUAUCGCUUCCUAAUACAUCGGCUUCCAUAUUUGUCUACUCUAUUCUGAAUCAGUGCGAAGUAAGUAGCAAUAUGGCACGAUAUGAUGGCAUUGAAUUCGGUCUGCGAGCCGAUGAAGAAAGCAGCACAGAGCAACUAUAUGCCAAGUCACGAGCAGAAGGAUUCAAUACUGUGGUCAAAACUAGAAUUCUAACUGGAAACUUUUUUCUUCUUCGAAAAAACUAUGAAAAAUAUUUCGAAAAAGCUUUGAAAGUACGUCGCCUUAUUGCGAAUGACUUUGAUGAAGUUUUCAAAUCGACUGAUGUUCUAUUAACCCCAACAACGUUAAGUGAAGCUCCACUUUAUAAGGAUUUUUCAUCUCAAUCGAAUCGAGAUCAAUGUGCUAUUCAGGACUUUUGUACUCAACCAGCUAAUAUGGCUGGGAUACCUGCUAUUUCUAUACCUAUUCGCCUAUCGAACAAUGGAAUGCCAAUUAGUUUGCAGUUGAUGAGUAGAAAACUAUCAGAAUCAACUCUUCUUAAAGUGGCUGCAUGGAUUGAAGCUCGUGUUGAUUUUAAUUGUUUGGGUAACAAACAAAUUUAUGAAGCUAGAAAGUAAUGUUUAAAUAUUUUUGUUUUUUUGUUUGUUAUCAAGUAAAUAAUUUAUUACUUAAAA